AUGGAGCCAGAUGAAGCCAUGUCUGAAUUAGGUCUUGUUCCUCAUCAGAUUCGUUUUACUUCCACAAUACUUGUAGAUGAUCCCUCGGGUGCUCCAGCCUCAAGACUCACCGAUGUCAUCUUUGCUAAAAUAAAGAGCUUAUUAGAGAAUAAAACUGUGCAACUGGCACCAGAUUGUUCCAUUACUGUUGCAUCUGUUCUGAUCAAAGUAGAUGUUUGUGAAGACGAUACCAAGAGCAUUUGCUUGUCUUGGGGUUAUCAGGAUGAAGAACUUGGUAAACACUUGCUGCCUCUUAUUAAGAAAUGGGCUACAGAAACCAAGUGAACCUUCAUUUACUGGUCUAUAAUUCAUGUUACAGAAUGAAGUUGACUUUUUUGAAAUGAAAUGUGAUGAGUGUGAUGUAUAAAAUCCGAAGUGAUAUUCAUUUUGUUAAAUAUGCGCUUGUGUAAAUAAAUUGCAUUGUUUUAUGAA